AUGUCCCGUGUAGUUACGUUUCAAGACGGGAUGAGUAUCGAGGAGCUGAAGAACAACGUUUUUCGAGAAUUCUUUCCCGACGGCGUCUGUGCGAUGUAUGUCGAUUUAAGGUACUGGCCACCUAACACGAACGAGCUUGCAACUGGGAUUACUACCCCUCCGGUAAUGGUAACAAGCGCCCCUUCCAUAUCAUAUUUCUGCCAGCACCACAAUGUCAAGCGUUCGAUGAACUUGUUCGCUACCUUUGUCAAGCGACCCAUGUCCACCCCAUUCUCCGACGUUGGUCUUCCUCCCGAUGGUUACACAACCCCUAAACCGUCAAUGAAAAGAAGCCGUUUUAGUGAUGACAUCGGCGGUGAUGGUAGGUUCGGGUUGGGCAUUGGUAAUUCAGCUGACAAUGGGUCCUCUGUCGGUUCGCGGAAACCUCCUGCCGAUUUCGACGAUGAUGUUCUCGUCAGACAUAUGGAGAGAGUAGAAAAUGUUCUGGGCAGCGGAAGCCAUACGAAGAAAGAUCUCUACGAACUGAACACAUAUUCAGAGAAGAGUGUUCAGGACAGCAUGGACGAUAUCAGCAGCGGCAUCGGGACGAGGGACAACAGGUUCGACAACCCAAACCCCAGUUCAGGGGGUAGUGUUCUCAACGACGUGGACAAGACGGCAUCCGGACCUGCUAGACAAGAUUUUACAUUUGACCCCCCGUACACCCGUCCUGAGACACGUGUUCAGGAGUCACUGGACGAGAUAAUGGGCCACGGCAAGGAACACGGCUACAAUUCUGCUACCCCCCACACCAGGUCUGGAAAUCCUGUUCAGGACGCCGUGGACGAACUGAUUCAAGAACUCAGUGGGAACGACUACAACUCUGACGACCUGAACACAGACGACGAAGAUAAUGGACACCAGGAUUGGGACAGCUUCGAUGUUCGCCCUCUAGGCAUUGACGAGGAAUUUUGGGAACCGCUUGUUGACGAGGUAUACGGAGGAUCCGACGCUCCCGAUUUCAUGUGCGAUCAGGACGGUCCACCGAUGGAUGUCCCACUGAUGGUUUACAGAUGCUCAACCAACGAUGCAUUCGACCAUACUGUGGUAGCUGGCGGAGACGGCGGCGUCUGGAAAACCGAGAUAAUUCGUGGGGCUUCCACGUCCUCUGGGCCAUGCGGGACUCAUCACGAUGGUACCAACAGUGACACCCCGUCUUCUUUUGGCCAGCCAUUCAUGUUCUCCGCGUCCAACGAAACGUCAGACAGUCAAUUCACAAUGGACGGGGGCAACGCUGGUUUAACCGGAAACGGUGGACACAGCCGAUCUUCUGCUCAGACCAACACAGCCGAGCAGCUGAUUUACAACAACUUGUUCUCGAGGAGCUUCGUGUUGCGGCCUCCUAUAUGA